UGCUCGGGUCCGCGGCUGCGGAUCUUGCUGCCGACGGGCGGUGUGGGCCGGGCUGACCGGCUCGGUCCCGGGGCAGGGCAGGCAGCGGGGCCGGCGGCUGGGCCCUGGGGCUUCCGCGGCGCAGCUCGGCCACGGGGGGGGGCCGUGUGCCGGGCCCGGCGGGUGUCAGGCAGCGGCUCUAACCAAAAGCGGCGUACGGGCCGCGCGAGCUGAGCCCCUUUCCUCAGAAGUCGUUUGUUGUAGGUUAAAUGAUUGCACUGGAAACGUGCUCUCGCGUGUAAUCGUUCCUUGUUUUAAAAAGUGUUAAUUAAAGAUAAUAUUUGCUACGUUCUUUAGGAACUUGUUCCCAGUGAUGGAAAAGUUACGCUUUGGGAGCCGGAGAGCUGCUUUCGGGGCUAAGCUGAGCUAGGACUGGCCUGUGCGUUGCCUAUUGGGACUACCGCUUUCUCAUCUCUUGCCUGGGACUUUCAGCAACUUUUUCAUUUUGAGAUCAGCUGAUAAAAGUAACACUAAGUAUUACUGCAAAAGCUGGUAAGCCAAGAAGAAAUGCAUUCAGUCAAGCCAGCAACUGCAGAAAGCUUCCCUAAUAAAAUAUUUGCUCCUCAGUGAAGCCUUAUCGACAGAGCUGAUGCAGUCUUGCCUGUGCACCUGAUUCUGAAUGAUAGAAUAACUACUGUUUGCUAAACUGAACCACAAAGAUCUCAUGCUUUGGAGAUGAAGAUGGUAAACCCAAGGAAAUAAUCCAGCUGCUGCCAUUGUGACAACUGAAAGACCUUUGUGUCAAAAUGAACAGUUUUUGAGAAGGAUCUGGAAAACCAUUAAAUCUGAAAAAUGGGAGAAAGGAUAAGAAGCCCAGAUUCUGAACACGACAAGAAAUCAAAUGGGGAUAAAAACAGUGACUCCUAUUAUUCAGAUGAAGGUAAUGCUUCUCAUUCAUCUGACCAGUCGCCAACAGUAAGCUAUCCAUCUACAAGCCAAGAAAAAAGAGAUUACAAACCACAAACUUCAAACAGCCUUGUGCACUACCAAGCCACGAAGAAAUUGGGUUCCAAAUAUGCACCAACGAAAAGAGGGACACAGUUGGGUUUCCGUUCUCAGAGCCUCACUAGGGAUUCUCCUGCAAAAGAUAUAGAUCUUGUUACAAAAAGAGUUCUUGCUGCUAGGCUGCUGAAAAUCAAUGAGCUCCAAAAUGAACUGACUGAACUCCACAUCAAACUAGAUGAGCUGCAGAAGGAAAACAGGGUGCUGAAGAGGCUUCAGCACAGGCAGGAGAAAGCCUUGAAUAAGUUUGAAGAUACGGAAAAUGAAAUCUCUCAGCUCCUUGCUCGGCACAACAAUGAGAUUAGAAUAUUAAGGGAGCGCCUACGAAAAUCUCAAGAGAGAGAGCGUGCAAAUGAGAGACGGCUGAAAGAAUCGGAAGAUGAACUGUACAGAACAAAAACCGUCUUGCAGAAACUGAAAAAGCUGUCUGCAGAGAAGCACCUUGUGGAAAGAGAUGACCUGGCAAAGAAACUAGCCUAUGCAGAGAGCAGGCUAGAGGACAGUGAAAAAAGAAUUAAGGAUCUGGAAAAAAAUCUUGAAUUAACUGGUAGCAGUUUUCAGCGAGAGUUACAGUCAAAGAAAAAAAAGAUGUUUGAGGCUCAAGAAGAAAACAGAGCGCUCCAAGAAGAGCUUCAGCAACUAAAUCAGAAGCUGAAGGAAAAAGAACGAGAACUUGAAGCAAAAAAUAUAUAUGCUAAUCGUAUGUUGAAACUGUCACCAAGAAAAGACAUGGAUGUUAUACAGAGAAAAAGAGCCAACAACCAAAAUAUUAAAAAAGGAGCACAGCUCACAAAAGGUGUACAGACCAGUGGAUACUUCUCACCAGUAGAAUUUCUUCCAGAAUCAGAACUUGCCUGUGGUGACAAGAAAGAAGGGACUCUUCCUAAAAUAGAAAAAGAAACUCAAGAUAAAGGAUGGAAAGAGCAAGCAGACCUCCUAAGACAAGACCAAGACAUGGAAAGAGAAGAGAAACUGAAACGUUUUCAAGAAAUACAGGCUGUAGAGGAGAAGGCUCAAAAACUUCAUGAUGAGUGGGAAAGGGAAGAAUAUGACAAAAUGAAAAAAGAAAGCAGCUUUUUAUUGGAUGAAGGAGAGAAAACAAAGCUGGAAUCGGAAAACCACAAACCUAAAGUAGAGAGAGAAAGCACUGAAAUGCUGGAAGAGCGGCAAAAAAGAGAGUUCCUACUUGCUAAAAUGCAAGAAAUUGAUAGAGAAACACAAAACGUGAAACCUGAUUCCCAAGCAUCACUCAUAAAUACAGCAAGAAAACUUGAUUCCCUGGAGAAAAAAGAAAAAACAAACCAAUUCUGUGAGAUUCCUGGGAAGGUUAAUAAUGGAUUUCCUGUAGGUGGCAGCCAGGAUGAUGCCACAGGAGCACAAGGGCAGAAGCAACGAAAUCUAAGGACUGUAGAUUUACGCGGUGAGUUAACAUUUGGUAGUUAUGUACCUUCCUUUGGGAAAGGAUCAGGGAGACCGAGUUGGCUUACUCAAAAAAAUGACAACUUAGAAGAAAAUGUUAAAGAAAAUGCAGAUUUCAAUACUAAGAAAAUAAAGAAGUCCAAUUUAAUGGAACAACUCUUUGGAAGCACUACCGACCUUUCUAAAAAUGACGUUACAACACCUUUUGACGUAGAUUGGAACUUUGGUAAUACUCCUCCAGUCAAUAAAAACAGUAAAGUGAAGGUAAAAGAAGACAGUGGGCUUUUUGGCGAAGGAAGAAACCUAAACAGACACCGUUUGCAACACACUACAAGCAAGCUGGGAGUUAAGACCCUUGGUUCUUUAGAAGACGAAAUUGAAGAAGUAAUUUUACAAUAAUCAUAUUUUUAUAUGUUUCAUAUGUAAAUACUGGAAAAUAUUUUCAUGUAAUAUUUAUUAGAUUUGAAACAUUUCAGAUACACUGUAAAGCCUUAUGAAGGAGUAAUUUACAUAAAUGGGUAUAUGUGUAGAGGAAAGAUGCACUUUGAUAGAACAGCCUAACUUAUAUGCAGGAUGUUUCUUCUAAAAUAUAAUAUCCAAAUACAGACCUUGGAGGUGUGGCAGCGAGUUUCUUGGCAGAAGGAUAGGGAAGGUGUCCUAAGGGACUUUGGUAGAUGAGGUAGGUGCUGGCUGGCUGCCUCAGUGCCAUCUGAGAAGACACUUGCCCCAGUUUGGGCUCCAGACUGACUGUCGACGUUGGCACGUGGCACCAUCUGACUCGUGCUGCGGCGUCUUGAGCUCCCAGAGGCUUGGUAGCGCAGAGCUGGUAGGGAUGCCGUAGGAAUGGAAGGACCUGCAAAGGCUUACGCUCAGCUGAAUCCUUUGCUCACACUCUCUCUCGCAGCCUUCAUGGCUCCCUCUGGCUCUUGCUCCCCUGUGUGCUUGCUCUCUUUCCCUCUCCUCUCACUUUUCCCCUUUGCUUGCUUUCUGCCUUCUCUUGCCAUAGCUCUCAAUUUUUGUGACUUAAUGAUGUGUAAUGGUAUGUUAAGUAAAAUUAUACUUCUCACAGGGGAGCAUUAUUUUUUAUUAUAGAAUGAGUUGCCUAAGAAAGGAAGCAAGCUUUUAUGUGGCAGCCCUGGCACUCGGGGCAGCUACUAGAUGGGCAUCUCUGGCUAGCCAGCAUAGGAAGUGUGGUGUUUUAACCUGUUGGCUGCUCACAGUAAACUCUCUUUCAUUUGGAGUACUUCUAGGCCUCAGACAUCUUCUUUGUCAGGCAUUUGGAGAGCCUCUUAACUGUGUCGGGAGAAGGCAUUGAAACAUCAGUGUCAUGAAAUGGAUAGAGAUGUACCUAGCACAAAGGGUCAAGUAGAGAGAAAAUAUUCUACACUGCCAUCGUGUUAUCUCAGAAGAACAUCAACAGAAGAACAAUUAACUCAGGAACAGCUGAUCUCUCUUCUGCAUAGGUUUUCUGUAGACAUUACUAACAAAUUUGUCUAACUCUUCUCAUAUAUUGAUUGUAUUUAUUAUAUAAUGCCAUUUUUGGUAACAUCUAUGUAAAAUUACAGUCAUUACUAAGUAAUUUUUUUAACAAAAUGGUUUUAUUAAAUGAGUACAAUUUUUGUGUCUAGA